AUGGCCAAUCUUUCGCAAGACGAUCGUGAUAUUAUCAAAAAGCAUCCUUUGGACGACUGUCUAGAUCAUUUACGGGAUUCACUUCGAAAGGCAGAGCAGUCUUACGAUGGCGCUGGCGAUACUCCGGAUCAGGGACGCCUCAAAGUGGUCUCAAGACUUCUUUACACCUUGCAAGGCCACGAUGUUGCCCUUACCCUCUGCUCAAAGACUGGAGCCGGAGAUCUAGCCUCUGAGUUAUCCACCCUUUUCAGACGUGUCCGAAAUGGCGAUUUUAACUACCAACAAUACCGCGCGCUUUCACUACUUAUUAUCAAGGAGGCAUCGGAUUUUGGUGUCUGGAAUGCUGUUUUUGAUCUCAUAAGGUUCACUUCUCAAAUAGCCCCUUUUAUAUGCAUUUCUUCUUCGUUCGACGGCACUCCGGUCAUAUACUCCUCCGCUUCGAUGCAAGGCGACGAGCAGACGAAGAGGCUCUUGGAUGUCCCACUUUUUGAUGAGAUCAAGAAUUAUACAUAUCGGAACGUGGGAGGAUUCUUCGCGAAGUAUUUUGAGGGAAAGAAAUAG